AUGAAAACAGAAUCUCAAAUUUUUGUGGCUUCGAAGAUGAAUUUCACGGAGGAUUCUGAGAAAGUGAAGAAAAUCGAGGUUGUUGUUUUGAGUGAAGAUGAAGGUGAAGAAGAUUAUGAGUCAGUGGAAGAAGUUGACGCCGGAGAAGACGACGGUGAUGAGGAUGAUGAUGGUGACGAGGAGGACGAUGAUGAAGAGGAGGAGGAGGAUGAUGCUCCUGACGGCGGCAACGAUGAGGAUGAUGAAGACGAAGAGGAAGAUGGAGAUGAUGAAGUUGGUGGCGGUGAGUGUGGUGGUGACGGUGACGAUGACGACGAUGACGACGACGAGAACGAUGAUGACGAGGAGGAUAACGACGAAGAGGAUGAUUUGGGAACAGAGCACCUUGUUCGCCCUAUAGGCAAUGCUGAAGAGGAGGAAGCUUCUAGUGAUUUUGACCCAGAAGAAAAUGAUGAGGAUGAAGACGAAGAAGAUGAUGAGAAGGAUAAGGUUCCGCCGAAAAGGAAGAGAUCAAAUAAAGAUGAUGAUUCCGAUGACGAUGACGGAGGUGAAGAUGAUGAAAGACCCUCCAAAAAAUAG